AUGUCUAUCGCUAAGAUUGCUGGUGUCGUCCUCGGCUCGGCCGCUUUGGUCGCCGGUCACGGUUAUGUCUCUGGUGCCGUCGUUGACGGACAGUACUACUCUGGUUAUGACAUGUCCUACCACUACAUGUCUAACCCCCCCGAUGUCAUUGGAUGGUCGACCGAUGCCACCGACCUCGGAUUCGUUGAUGGUAGCUCAUAUGCCGAUGCCGACAUUAUCUGCCACAAGAACGCCAAGAACGGCGCUAUCUCUGCUGAGAUUGCUGCUGGCAAGCAGGUCGAGCUGCAGUGGACUGACUGGCCCGAGAGUCACAAGGGUCCUGUCAUCACCUACCUCGCCAACUGCAACGGGGACUGCGCCACCGUCGACAAGUCUUCGCUCGAGUUCUUCAAGAUCGAUGAGAAGGGCCUCAUCAGUGGCAGUGACAACACCUGGGCCUCUGACAACCUGAUCUCCAGCAACAACAGCUGGACCGUGACCAUCCCCAGCAGCAUUGCUGCCGGCAACUAUGUCAUGCGUCACGAAAUCAUUGCCCUUCACUCUGCUGGCAACAAGGAUGGUGCUCAAAACUACCCCCAGUGUCUCAACUUCAAGGUCACCGGCGGUGGUAGCGAGAAGCCCGAGGGUACCCUCGGUACUGCUCUCUACAAGGACACCGACCCUGGUAUCCUGAUCAACAUCUACCAGACCCUGUCCUCCUACACCAUCCCCGGCCCUGCUCUCUUCUCCGGCAGCUCCUCCAGCGGCUCCUCCGGCUCCGGCAGCUCCAGCGCCGCCCCCUCCGCUACCGCCAGUGCCUCUGCUUCUACCACUGCUGCUCCUGUCCAGACUAGCACCGCCACUGCUUACCAGACCUCCACUGCUGUUGCUAGCGUCACUGUUACUGGCUCUGCUCCCGCUCAGACCCACGUCCAGGCCACCAGCUCCUCCGCUGCUGCUUCCACUCCCACUGCUAGCUCUGGCGCCAGCUCUGGAUCCAGCUCCAGCUCCAGCGACCUGACCGAGUACUUCAACUCUCUCAGCGCCGAGGAGCUCCUGAACGUUAUCAAGCAGACUCUCUCUUGGCUUGUCACUGACAAGAUCCACGCCCGUGACAUCUCUGCCUAG